AUGUCUACGUUCUUUGAUGAAAUGAAAAAGUCCUUCGUGGACGUUUCUGUUACCGAUGAUAAGAUUGAUACGGCCGGAUUUUUGGAAGCUUCAGAAUCAUUAGUUAAGCUAUUUGAUUUAUUGGGCUCAUCAGCCUUCGCUGUUGUACAAAAAGACAUGACAGGCAAUAUCAAAAAAGUGCGUACUAAGUUGUUAUCAGAUCCAAGUGGAGCAGGCACUCUACAGGAUUUAAUUUUGUCGGAGGCAGGAACCAAGACUAAAACUGCCACACAGGGUCUUCUUUGGCUCUCUCGAGGAUUGGAAUUCACAGCAAAGGCUAUGAGAGAAACAAUCGACCAACCCACAAGUGAGUUGACAAAGACAUUCACUGACGCUUACACUAAAACUUUGGCCCAAUACCAUGGUGUUUUGGUUAAGCCAGUGUUUAAAUUGGCUAUGAAAGCUUGUCCUUAUAGAAAGGACUUUUUUGAAAAAUUGGGUAACGACCAAGAGAAAGUCAAUGCUCAGUUGCUGGAAUGGGUCGAAGCUUUAGAGAAGAUUGUUAAGAUCAUCAUUGACUUUUUUGCUUCAGGUAAUUAUGGCAAAGGUUUAUAA